CUCCUUUGUUUUCUAUCUGUGUGUCUAAGUGACUGAAACUUGUGUACAUGGAGGUAAAAUGUAGACAGUAGAUAUAUGUUUUGGUAGCUCGGAUAUCCUUUAAGGUAAAGCUAGAUAGAUAGGGCUAGUCCUGGGGGCAUCAGUCAGUCAGUCAGUCAGUUGGUGUUAGAGGAUACAAGGCUCUGCUCCUAGGCUCUGCUUGUCUGCUGUUUACUCUUCACCCAAGGGUGCCCCGGUACCUCUGUUAUGUUGACUCUUCAGUGAUUUUAUUGACUCUGUUCCUGCCUAGUUGACUGUCUUCAUUUGAUGUUUCCUGGCAUCAAACGAAGACAUUUGAUAAUUUUCAAAAAGGUAAGGAGUUCUAUAGUGUUCUACAAAGUUUCAGAGUAUUCCCUCUCUCUUUCCCUCCCUCCUUCUCUCCUCCCCUCCUGUCUUUUUUUUUUUUUAUUUGCUAGAAGGUAGGCUCAUUACUUAAAAUAAGUUCCUCACUAGCUCUCUAAGGUCCAGGAGAGACCCUGGGCUCUUUUAUUAGAUCCUCUCUCUCGAUGGCUUGCUUGUGUGACUCGUCUAGAACAGCAUCUGGUAGGCUAACCCAACUCAAUCAAACUUGUGUUAAAUGUCAUUAAUUGAUGAAGACCUCCCUGGGCUCUAAAAAAAAAAUGUGUUGGGAUUCAGUGAGGCUUCUAAUUCGCAGUGUGAAUCACUCAUUUACACAGAUCCCUCAGUUUAUGGACUUUUCUCAGUUUCGAGCCUCCCUAACUCGUAACGCUAAACAUCACAUAUUGUACAGCAGACUCCAUUCUGCUUCAGUGUGGGGCCAGUUCCUCUCUCUGGAGAGUUGAGUUCAGUUUAUAAAUAGUUCCUUCCUGAGCGAGUUGACUCACAGGGUAGAUGGCAAGUGUUUGUAGGAGUUCAUGGACGUUUGUGCUGCUGACAUAUACGUGUGUGACCUCUCUCUUAACCGGAUGGAAGAACAACAUGGUGCUGGAGAAUCUCUUGUUUUUGCUGACUUAAUGAAUACUCGUGUUUUUCCUAUGGUAAUUUGGCAUACUUACUGCCAGCUUAAAGUAGGAGGAAGUCUUCUCCCAAGGCCCGUGCAACCCAAGAACAAAAGCAGAGCCGAGAACAGCAGAGCCGAGCAGACUGAGAGCCCUUGCUGAGGCCGAGCCUGCUCACUGAGAGGAAGAUGUUGGCUGCUGGGAGGCUGAGGAGCCCUUCGUUUUGAGGUGGGAAAGCGGGUUUCAGCAGGACAGCUUCUCCGUCCCUGACCUCACCAUGGCUUCAACUCUCUGGCUGGAUGGUUGAUGUGACUAUGUGUCCCAUAUGCCGUCGGACUGUGUGACAUCCAGGUAGCCAGUGGGCAUCGGAUGCUCCCAAAAGCUGGACCAGCAGAGCGAUGGACUUGGUCAGGCUAAAAUGGAAGUGACCUGAGGCCUCGCCCAGGCGGUUUCUUCACAACAGGACAGCUUAAGAAUUGAAACACAGGCUCGUCUGGGGAGCAGUAUGCCGGAAGCUGGUUUUCAGGCCACAAACGCGUUCACAGAGUGCAAAUUCACCUGCACCAGCGGUAAAUGCUUGUAUCUUGGUUCUCUGGUCUGUAACCAACAGAACGACUGUGGGGACAACAGUGACGAAGAGAACUGUCUCCUGGUGACUGAACAUCCACCGCCAGGCAUCUUCAACUCGGAACUGGAGUUCGCGCAGGUCCUCAUCAUUGUCGUGGUGGUGACGGUGAUGGUGGUGGUCGUCGUCUGCCUACUGAACCACUACAAAGUCUCCACACGUUCCUUCAUCAACCGCCCCAACCAGAGCCAGAGACAGGAGGACGGGCUGCAGCCGGAAGGGUCCCUGUGGCCUUCUGACAGCUCCGUGCAGCGGCCAGGGGCUUCAGAGAUCAUGUGUGCCCCACGGGGCAGGGAUAGGUUUACGACCCCAUCUUUCAUCCAGCGGGAUCCGUUCAGUCGUUUCCAGCCCACCUACCCCUACGUGCAGCAUGAGAUUGACUUGCCUCCCACCAUCUCCCUGUCAGACGGGGAGGAGCCACCUCCUUACCAAGGACCCUGCACUUUACAGCUCCGGGACCCAGAGCAGCAAAUGGAACUGAACCGAGAGUCCGUGAGGGCCCCGCCCAACCGAACCAUUUUUGACAGUGACUUGAUAGACAUUUCUAUGUACAACGGGGGACCAUGCCCACCAAGCAGCCACUCGGGCAUCAGUGCAGCUACCUGUAGCAGUAACGGAAGAAUGGAGGGGCCGCCCCCGACUUACAGCGAGGUGAUGGGCCACUACCCAGGCACCUCAUUCUUCCAUCACCAGCACAGCAACGCACACAGGGGCAGCAGACAACAGUUUCAGCCGAACAACUCAGAGGGCACAAUAGUACCCAUCAAGGGCAAAGACAGGAAGCCUGGGGACCUGGUCUGAUUCCCUCCAGAGUGCACUUUUCAAGGAGAGAAAAACCUCGGCAGGGAGAGAGAGAGAGAGAGAGAGAGAGAGAGAGGCCCGCUGGCCCCACUGCCACAGUGUUGUCCAGCUUUACGUGGUACAGCUGAGUAAAACCAAAAUGUGCAAACACGGUCUUCGUUUCUGAUUCCUUUCACGGGAAUUGCAUGCAAACAAGACUGAAACACAAUACAAACUUCCAUCCGGUUUGACCACAAACAGUGUUCAUCUUGGGGCAGGGGUGGAGACAGGGUUAGAGAUGGUAUGAGCUCCACAAAGGGGUGUGCAGAGAAAACCCAAAAGGCUGCUUUGAAGACAUCAUGAAAGUAAGACCCACAGAGGUAUUUUUGACAUAUUUAAUUCCAAAAGGAGACUUCGGAUAAAUGAGGCCACAAUGGCCUGUUUUAUAAUUAACUGAAUAAAGAAGGAAGAAUUAUUAUAUAUUAUCAUGGGGAAGAAUCAGCCAGUUUGCUUUUUCUCCAAAGGUGUGAAACUUAUUUUUUUUUAAAAAUAUGAGUCAAAACUCCUGUUUUGUGUGCCAAGGUUUAAAGUUGGAGAAGUUAGAUGAGUGAGAGGGAAGUAAUUUGUGUUGUGAUGGUAUGUUUUAAGAGUUGCACUAUCUCAAUGUUUAAAAAUAUGGAUGAGGGAACCAUGUUGUGUGAAGUUCUAUAUGUUGUCUUGUCACCUAUGGAUGGCUAUCAUGCCCAAGGAGCACUCUUGAGUGUCCACAGAGUCAUACAAGAAAGGUAUCUGGGGAUGUACCCCUGGUGUUCGCCAAGUUAAUGUGGUUAUGUCGCAAGAAUUUGCAGCCAGAAGCAGUGUACUACUGAGGUAUUUGGAGAGGCUGGUGAAAAGAAACACUUGCAUUGUGUGCUGAGUGUCAUACAGAGCUAGUCUUAUUCCCAGCGGGAUCAGCAGUGUAGACUUUCUUUUUUCACGGUAGCAUGACAUACCUUCAGACACAUACCCUAUUUUAUGCAAUAAAUUGUCUAAAAUGCGAGCUGGUUAUUUUGCGUACUGCUGAACUAUGGAUCACAGUGAGUCCCACUGCCUUCCCAGUCCCUUUCCUAGGUAGGCAGCUCUGCUGAGUUCUGCAAGCGUACUCUGUUCAGCACUUGGCACCACCAGCAGUUGUCCCCAAGGCCACUUGGCUUCCUAAGUGCCGUGCUGGCAAUGGUUCCUUAGGUUUUAAUAUGCCCCUGGACCUGACAGAGGAACAAGUUUGGUGUAAUAAGCCACUACAUAUCACCAGUGUUGUAUGUUAGGGAUCCUGCCAACACUCAUGCCACAGUCCCUCUGCUCAGCCGGUCUUUGUCCCGUGGUCAGUUAGAGGUUAGUGGUGAUGGGUCAGGGUGUGACUCAGGACAAGGCAUGGCAGGCAAAGUUGCAGCUAGAAAAUGGCUUUAGUAUUUGAAGUCAGUCUAUGAUUUCUAAUAUUUUUUUUUAUGUAGAAUUAAAGAACCCAACCCCUUUCUUAUGCAGAUCCAAGAGCUGGCCUUUUAAAUGCACUAAGGUAGGCUCAUCUGCAUUUGCAGACCUGCUUUCUGGAAGCUUGGCCUCUGCAUGCAACACAAUGAACAGGGAUGAAAAUUUGGUGGUAACUUUAACACCAAACCAAUCUCUCUCUCCUUCUCCGUGGUAUGUUACUGUUUGCAGAAGUGAUUACGUGAAGUGACUCUGUGUUCUUACCUGAGAACUAGAUUGUUCAAAGUCCCAGGCUUCUCAUUCCUGCUUAUCUUAGUAGGCAGGCCACUGGCCAGGCUUGAGAUUUGAAAUCUCCAUUGGAUUUAUCCGUAUUACAGUGUUGUGCGUACCCACAGGAAUACUCACAGCCAAAAAGGGAGAGCACAGAUAGGCGGCAGCCAUCAGCUUGUCUAAAAGGCAGCUUGGAAGGCUGUACACUGGGACUCAGGAGCUGCUCCUCUGUCUUGUCUGGUAACAUUCAGUGGCCUCUUAGGCCACAGGUUAACCAGGCCAAAGGUGACCUUUCCCACUUCUCUGAGGCCUCCUGUGAAGGUUCUGGCUGCUGGCGACCUAUGCUUUCAGACUGUGCUGCAAUGGUACCCCGACAUACAGUGGCAGAGGAGAGGUUUGUGUCUUCACUGGGAUCUCACUGGUAGGACUUGGCAUGGAUGGCUGCCAGGGGAAGGUGAGGUUAUGGUUUUGCCAUUCCAAAUCCUAAGUAGUUUCUGGUGAAGCUGGCAAGCCCAGCUUUUAGUUUCAGCUCCAAACAGCUUCUCAGUCCUUCCUUUUUAUCCUCUCUUCAUUUUCUACCAGCUGUGAGAAUGAACUAAUAUCAGAGACUCGUAAAUAACGCUGGAACUUGGCAGGCACAAGGGCAUUUUGUAGAUACCAAUAGUAUCAAGUAUCUUUAAUUACCUUUCAAAAGAGAAGUUGCCUUCUUAUUACACACACACACACACACACACACACACACACACACACACACACACACACCCAACAAUGAUUUUGAGGCUGGGCCUCUUUAUGGAAUUAGUAUAGAAGCCAAAGCAAAGAUCAUAAGAAUGAAUCUGUCUAUUUCUCUCAGCACAGGGAAGAGGUUUAGGUCAUAGCCCUCUAGCCAAAAGUCCAUGCCUUGCUGUCUCCUGGCUCUAAGGUGUUGACUAUGGAGCUACCGUGAAGACACAGCUCAUAGAGUGGCGCCUGUUGUCUUUCAAGAAGCUGAGUGCUUACAAGUCUGGUGUUCAGUUUAGAAAGCAGUGAAUUUAGGCAACUGACAACAGGUUAUACCGACAGAUUAUUCCCAUGGGACACAUGAGUAAAGGUUUACAUUAUUAGAAGGCGCAGUCCUGGUUGGGCCACUCAUCUGCUGUCUCACAGAUUUCCAGAAUUAUGAAACACAAGGCCUGCAAAUCCAUCUGGAAAUCAGCCUUUUGGCUUGCAUUUGCUUCUUCAGAAAUUCUACAAAUGCAGAAGCAAUAUUAAGAUAUAAGAGCUUAUGAAGCCAACUACUCCACCCAAUUAUGUUUACUGGUAAAGCAUACUCCAUGCCUUCGCCAGUCGACACGAAUCUUACCUACAAGAGAUCCUGAGGUGGCAGUGACUAAAGCUUACAGGCAUACUGUGAGAAUUACACUUUUCCUUAGUAAUUUUCAGCUCCAACUCAGGAGUCAAGGAUGAGGAAAACUGGGAUGAAUGCCUCUUCACACAAACAUGGGACUUGGAGAAUAUAUAUAUAUAUAUAUAUAUAUAUAUAUAUACACACACACACACACACACACACACACACACACACACACACACACACACACACACAUAUAUAUAUAUAUAUAUAUAUAUAUAUAUAUAUAUAUAUACUUUCUUUUAAUUCUAAGUAACUCCAAUUGAUCUUUAUCAGGACCAAAAGGAAGUAUUUUCAGAAAGCUGCUUUGAUCUGAGACUCCAUUCGUAUGCCUGCCUUCCCUCCCCACAGGUGUAGGCUUUACAGCUCUUACCCAACUGUUCUUUUAGAGACUCCUGUGGUAGAUCCCUAAGAUGCUCUCAGGCUCUAUUACUGAGGAAACCCAUGUGGCCUCUGUUGAGGUCUGCUGACACUGUUAGACAGAACAUGGGCAUUCCUGGACUUCAGGAGUUGGGCCACGGAGACUCAGUGUACAUGCCGUGGUAGUGCUUCCAGAGUUUUGCUCUAUGCCUCCUAAACUCCCAGCAGUAGGGAUGAGGGGAAAAAACUAGAAAGGGUAUUUGCUUUGCUAUCUUUUGCUUUUCUCCCAUGUCAGUUGCCCAUCAAGACUUGCUUGCACCCUAAAAUCAUAAGCAACUCCAUGGCUUAAGGCUGUACCCAUUGGAACAAACCCUGUUGUCUGGCUGCCAGGAGCUGUUCAUGGGGUUUGGAGAUAUGGACAAACCACAAGGGCAUUCUCAGACUCCCUUAGUCCAUAGGUUUUAGGAAUAGAGAUGUCACUUAACAAAUGGCUUUGCCAGCUGGAUGUAGCACAAGGCUGAUGUCACAGCACAGGGAAAUUUGCUGAGCAAGGGACUUCUCUCCCCCCACACCCCAUCUUUGUCCCUAGGUAUGCUGGGGACACUCUAACAUGGCAAGAUUAGCACUAGACAGGUGAGGUGGCCGCACAUGCCCCCUUGGUCCCUAGCUCCGGUGAGUCCAUCUCUAAGCAGCUGAGGUGCCUUGUUCUGAUGUCAGGAGAUGUAGGGCCCCAGCCCCAGCGUGCAGCGCUCACCUCUGUUGUGCCUCACUUGAAAUGGUGCUUCUUCAACUGCUUUUAUUUGUAAGGUGCUGUAUAUACAUUGAACAUAUGCACAUACUCUACCCAAUGGGUAGAACAAAUUAAUACUGUAAUAUACUGUAUAGAUACCAGUUUUAACAGAAAUGGCAUAGAAUUUGUGAAUGCCUAUGUAUUCCAUCUUUUGUAAGGAAACUUGCAAAUGAUUACAUACAGAUAAAAAUCUAUGUAGUUUAUUUUCCUAUUAAAUACCAUAUUAACACCAUGGGAUGAAGUCUGAACAAGAAAGCAGCCGUUUACGACCAGCAUAUACAUAGGAAUUAAGUUGCACCUUUGCUCUGAAAAUACUUUGGCAAUUUCUAAGAUAUUUUUAUUUUAAUCCCUUUAGAAAUAGUUAACCAGUUUGGUUCUAUUUUAGCCAUGGGGGGGGGGGAGUUGCUUUUGAGCUUGCUCUAUGCGCGAGCCUUUUCUCUCCAUGUAGUUAUCAGUGUCAGGCCUCAGUGGGAUGUGCAAAUCUUUGAUGACACACAUGGUGUCAGGAAAGUGAGUAACCUGUAGCCGAGGCUAUUCAGCCUCAGGGCACUUGUGACCAUUGUGUCCCCUGUUUCUCAGUGCCUUGUCUUAUAAAUGGAAGCUAUGGCGCCAAUGAACGGUCUGGAAUUUAUAGGAGUGUCUCAGAGAAAAGAUCCAUUGGGGAAGAUGAUUGGGGUAGGGAAAAUGUUUUAAGUUGUCAUUAGAGAACUGUCAGUCAGCUGAGUCUAGAAUCUGAUUCCCAUUGUGUUCUGUGGUAGUCCUGAGCCCUAAGACAAUUAGGUUUAAUUACCAGGUUACGUGUUAAGCUGCAUGUCAAGUCAUAUUUCUCUCUUCCGGCUUAGUCUUUAGUAUCCAAUUGUAGCUUUGGCAUUUUUGUCUUUUUAUUUUCUCUUUAAAGCAAAGAAGCCUUGGUGUCCAUGGAUACUAAGCGCUAUCCAGAAAGGCAAUCCAUUGAAUCUUGCCUGUCCUAGCUAACCCAGCUAUGUCAUCAGUUGAUCAUUUGAGUAAUUCCAGGCUUUUCUUUGUCCCGUGAUUAUGUGCUCUGAUAUCGAAAGUCAGAAACAGAAUUUUCUCCCAAUCAGGAAAACAAAGAGGAUAAAAGCUUCAAGCUAGUACCAGUUAUGCUUAAUGUGCGACUCUUAAUGCUGACUCGGCCCUUUAAUACCUCCUUACAGAGGGGAGCAGAUGUGACAGUGGGUACCUUCCUAUGUCUCAGCCGAAUUCAAGGUCACGUCUCUGUCUACUGCAGGGCACACCCCGAGGGUCCCAGCAUCAAGACCUGAGGCUCAGUCAGUCAGAAAAUGGGCACUCUAGUGAUUGUCAGAAUGUCCUGGACUCAGAUGUGUGACCAACCAGAUUCUUUCCUGCAGACCCAGCUCUGACCGAGCAUCCCUCUCAACGAUGCUGGUCCUGUCUGAUGUGCUUGCCUUUCUAGAACCCAAUUUCAAUUCAUAUCCUUGUUGAGUUUAAAGUUGUUUUAAAAUAUAUACAACAGUAUCCACAGCAUUUUAGUUCAUUUAAUUUUUAUUAUAAAGCAAUCUACUAAAAAAAUACAACUGUAUUUGAACCUUCCGAUCUCUGUGAGCUAUGAUGAUCAGAAGUCGGGAGUCCUUUGUGUUUAAACAACCACAUGCUCACUCUUUAACAUAAUUCCUGCUUAUAUACGGGAAGCGAUUCACAACCGCCAUCCACCUGCACCUUUUGCCCAGGCGGCAAUGUGGUUUAGACCUCAGGUCUGUAAUUGCAAUACUUUUUGAUGGGAGAUGUUGCACAAGUGCUAUUUGUUAGCUAUGAAAUCAGGUUUUCUGCUUGUUCUUAAUGCCAUGGUUAAAUCAUAGCACAAAAUCAUUAAAAAUAAUCAGUGAUAAA